AUGCCGCCAAAACAAUUGUCUGGUGCUGCAAAAAAGAAGAAGAGAAAGCAAGAUGAAAAGAUUAGGGAAUCGCAAAGAGGCGAUUUGAAUAAGUAUUUUCCAGUUAAAAGUAAUGUUGAUGUCAACAACAAUAAUCAGAGGCCAAUAUCUGAUCCGGGACAAGCUGAUGAGGAUAAUACAGAUGGAGAUAUUAAGGUCAACGAACAGUCCUCAAAUAACUUUCUUGUAGUUGUUGAUGCUGCAAUUGCUUCACUGGAGGAUCGGUUUGAGCAGUUGAACGCAUUUGCAAAGAUGUUUGGUUUCUUAUUCAACUCAAAAAGUCUGAAGUCCUUGGAUGAUAGUAAUCUGCAAAAUAAUUGCACUACUUUUGCACAAACUUUUACUCAUAAUAAGGCGUGUGAUGUUGAUCUUGAUGAUUUUGUUUCUGAGUUAAAGGUUCUCGAAGUAACAUUGCCAGAUGAUUUAUCAACGCUUGAGAUUCUCCAGUUCGUUACAACUGCUGAUUGCUAUCCAAAUGUGUCAGUUGCAUAUCGCAUCCUCUUGACUAUACCUGUGACUGUAGCCUCAGCUGAAAGAAGUUUCUCUAAACUGAAGCUACUAAAAAAAUAUUUGAGGUCAACUAUGUUACAAGAUAGAUUGAAUAGCUUGGCUACAUGUUGUAUUGAGAAGGAUAUCUUGGAAAACAUUGAUCUUGAAACAAUUGUCAAUGAUUUUGCAUCGAGGAAUGCGCGGAGAAGCUUUUUGGAGAAGCAUUGA